AUGCAACACAGAGGAAUGCAGCAGUUGGGCAACAGGUUGGAACCAUCGCACCUGAAGGGAAAGAGUGUUUUCGCUGUCAGGCCUAUCCCUGCACAUUCAAGUCAGUUGUACUCUUCACUUACAAUUUUUCGUGCGCUCCCUCCCAUUUGGCUCCAAGAAGCUAUCGCAAAUUUGCCAUAUCCAGGUUCUCCUUCUCCCUCACCGGGUGUAUCAAAUAAUACAUCCGCCAAGAAACGCAAGGCUAUUGAACAUUCCACCUAUGCCCCUGCUUCCAAGGCCGGUAGAAAGGAUGACCAGCCCUCUACCCAGACCCAUUCCUUGACAGGACCCGACGUGGGUUCACGGAAGAGCUACCACCAAAAACGUGUGGCUCUCCGUUCGUUGAAACCUCUCAAGGAUCGCAUCGACCAUGAUAUCGCGAAACUUGCUGGAUUCCUCACCGAGUCUGGUCAUAUCGAUUCUUCUAGUGAGGAUGGGGAUGAUGUUGAUGCUGAAAAUGUGUUUGGUGGAUUCGAGCUUAUGAAGGUGGGGAAAGAGAAUGAGCUGGACCAUGAGGAAGAGGGUGAGGAAGAGGAAGAGGAAGAGGAAGAGGAAGAGGAAGAGGAAGAGGGAGGCCGAGGAUGA